AUGGAGAACCCAACUCCCCCUCAGCAGCAGCACUUCCUGUUCGUGACUAACUCGAUGCAGGGCCACAUCAACCCAACGCGCCGCCUCGCUGGGCGCGUGAUGGCGUCGAACCCGGACGCGCGGGUCACCUUCUGCACCGCCAUCUCCGGGCACCGCCGCAUCUUCCCGUCACUGGCCUCCCGCGACGAGGAGGCCGUGGACGCCGCGGGCGUGCUGCACGCUCCCUACUCCGACGGCUUCGACGACGGGUUCAACCCGGCGGUGCACGACGCCGGCAAGUACAGGGCCCGAGCCAGCGCCGCGGGGCGCGAGACGCUGUCCGCCGUCGUGGCGCGCCUAGCCGCGCUGGGACGCCCCGUGACGUGCAUGGUGUACACUUUCCUCGUGCCGUGGGUGCCCGACGUCGCGCGCGCGCACGGCGUGCCAGCGGCGCUCUUCUGGAUCCAGCCGGCCGCCGUGCUCGCCGUGUACUACCACUACUUCCACGGCCACGACGCGGCCCUCGCCGCGUGCGCAAACGGCCUCGAUCCGGACGCCAGAGUCACCCUGCCAGGGCUGCCGCCGCUCAAGCCCGACGCGCUGCCGUCGGUCGUGUCCAUCACCUCGCCGGAGCACAGACACCACGUGGUGCUCGACAUGGUGCGCGAGCUAUUCCUGUCUCUCGACGAGCACAAGCCCAGGGUGCUCGUCAACACGUUGGACGCGCUGGAGCCUGACGCGCUCCGCGCGGUGCCGCAGCUCGAGGUCGACGCCGUCGGUCCCGUGGUGCCGCCGGACGAUGUGUCUCCGUCAUCACGCGCGGACCUGAUACACUGCCACGACGCGAAGCCGUACAUGGAGUGGCUGGAGACGAAGCCGGCGCGGACCGUGGUGUACGUGUCGUUCGGGAGCAUCCUCCCGAUAAGCAAGCGGCAGGAGGAGGAGAUGAGGAAAGGCCUCGAGGCGACCGGCCGGCCGUACCUGUGGGUGGCGCGAAAGGCCGGCAGCGGUGGUGCGCGUGCUGUCGCACCCGGCGGCGGGGUGCUUCGUGACGCACUGCGGGUGGAACUCGACGCUGGAGAGCGUGACGCGGGGCGUGCCUAUGGUGUCCGUGCCGCAGUGGACGGACCAGCCUACGGUGGCGUGGCUGGUGGACGCGUGCAUGGGCGCCGGCGUGCGCACGCGCGUGGACGGCGAGGGGGUGGUGGAGCGAGGCGAGGUGCAGCGGUGCGUGGAGAUGGUCAUGGGCGACGGUGA